CUAGCCCAGAUUGGAGUCACCCUGCCCCCAUGAAUUUCCUGUCUCUGCUCCUGAACCGAAGAUUGCCACACAUCAGACAAACCUAAACCUUGCCGCUUACCACGGUAACCCUAUGAUGGUGCUAGCAUUGGGAGAGGCAGAGGAAGAACAGUUCUGAAGAAGGACCUCUGAGAGCCCUGAAAUGGGGUGACCGUGUGUGUGAAUAGAGAAGUAAAUGGAAGGGACAAAGAGAAGUGACCCUUGCGGCUGAGAACCAGGAAUUGUUACCACAGUGACAGGCUAUCCAUAGCUCUGCAGUUCACAGUGGAGACCAGCACAGCUGUUGAAGAACUACUUAAGACACUAACUAGUAACAUCUGCACAAAGACCGGCUGUGAAGCCACAGAGAGUUUCCAGGUCUAAGUUACCUGGAACAUCAGGUGUAAUGCUGUGCCAAGCCACAAGAAGAAUGAAAGCCCAGGACUUCCCCUUAGGCCCCAGUUUCCAUUUGUAUUGGGGACAAAAGUAAAAUCUUCCCAAGGCAUGUUGAGAACUUCCUGCUGGUUCACAUUUCAAACAGAGCCGGUACUUAAUCCACCCUCACACCAGAGCUCACAGUAAGCAGGAGGAGCUCUGGAGCCACACGGUGCAGGUGCAGAGAACUACCUGGUGACCUGGUGAGAAGAGCCAGCCAGAUGGAAGCCAGACCUCCAAAAGGCCCAGGCAAACAAUUUACAUUUGAUUAUGAAAAUGAAGUCCAUAAACGGGAUUACUUCAUUAAGUCGCCGCCCCCUCAGCUCUUCUUCUCUGGGACCUCCUGGAAAAAGCGUCUUUUUAUUCUGUCCCAGAGUCGGGGAACGGGUCUCAGUCUUUCCUAUUACAAAGACCAUCAGCACAGAGGUUCCAUCGAAAUUGACGGCAGCUCCACUGUAGAAGUUGGUAUAAACUGCCAGGAAAAGAUGCAAUCUGUGCAGAAGAUGUUCAAGUGCCACCCAGAUGAGGUGAUGUCCAUCAGAACUGCAAACAGAGACUAUUUCCUUAUUGGCCAUGACAGGGAGAAGAUUAAAGACUGGGUCUCCUUCAUGACACCAUACUGCCAGGGUGUUAAAGCAACCCAUCAGAGAGCAGAGGAGAAGCUUUCCCUGGGUGACAGAAGGCCAGUUUCCGACCCCAGUCCUUUCUUGGGCCUCUGCAGCAUACCCGAGGGUAUCAGACUUGCAUCACCGAGGGCCAGUCUUCCAGAGCAUUUAAUACAAAAAAGCCUCCAAAGAUUCAGGCAAGCUCAUCUUCAUCAGGAUCAUGAUUUCCACUCAGAACCCACCCAAGAUACAGAAGAAGAGUACUAUCUCACUCCUCGAAGUUUAGAAGCCUGUUUAGAAUUAGAGAAUAUUGCUGGACCCAAUGAUUCUGGUGACUCCAUCGAAUCCAAUAGUCCGGACCAAGGUUUCAAGAGAGCGGAGAGCAAUUACGUGUCAAUGAGAUCAUUGAGAACCUGUCUCCUUAAAGAAUCAACCUCUGCAUCAGCCGACGACAACGAUGGCCAAGCGGAAUUCCAGACAGAGUCAGAGCUGGGGCCUCCCCACCAGGACAGCGGCACAGGAAGUGAUCCAUGUCUUUCACCUCCCAAUUCCAAAGCCCAGACCACAGAUGACCAAAAGGGGUCCGCCUCACUAACUGUUGUGAAAUUGUCUAUAUUACUCAACAACAUCCCCGAUGAGAGCCAAGUGGAGACUCUGAACGUGUUCCUCUCUCCUCGGGAUGCCAUCGACUACCUCGCUCUGGUAGAAGCAGCAGGACAGAUCUGUGUGGCUCGCUGGGAAGGUCCUCCCCGACUAGGAUGCUUAUUCUACCACGGAGAUCAUAUCUUGGCCGUGAAUGACCUGAAACCCCAAAGCCUGGAGGAGGUGUCCUUGUUUCUUACCCGAUGUAUCCAGAAGGAGAAAGUGAAACUCUCCAUUGGCCGGAUCCCAAACUCAGAGAAGCUCCACGCUUCCCCCUGUGCAUGCUCCUUAAGACACCAGUUGGCUGAGUCUGUCCAGCGGGAUUUGCCAGAACUGGAGAGGACACCAAAGAGGAGCCCUGCCAUCAAAAAGAGUCAGAAGGAAGCUGCUGGGGAGUAGGCUACUGCAGGCCCAGGACACAGAAGGAUGGAACCUGGGCCACACACAGCCGUGUGACUGGAGACAAGGCUGCAUCUGUCUCUGAGUCACCACUGAAUUAACAGUGGGGCCACUGGCCCCACAUGAAAUAAUGACUAAGGAGUAGAGUUAAAACGGAAGGGCUGAUUAUCUGAGAUUCUGCCCCAGACACGGCAGACAUCAUUCAGUAAAUCCCUGGUCUAAUUAAUAGCUGUGUGCUUCCGAGGUCACAGUCCACACAGCUGGCUCUUCGUUAGCCAUAUCAUUUCAGGGAUGCAAGAGAGUGAACGUGUGUCGCAACCCUCCCAGACACUUCCUGUGGCUCAGCAACCCAGGAGUGGGAAGCUGAGGAAGUUUGGAGCUGUAUCCAGCCAAGAUGUGCUUGCUCUAAAAAUAAAUAGGAAACUAUGUUUGGACACUCUUAAUUGAUUGGUUUAUUGCCAAAUCAAUUCUGCAAAGCCAAAAGAAUCAAAGGCCUUUCAGUAAUCAGGAAUGAGAGAGAGGCAGUGAGCUGAACACUAAUCAGCUUGGGGACUGUUGGUGCGAAGGGGGAUUUAGAAAAUGCAUCUUAGCAGGCUGUCCUUUCAGGGGGAAGAAAUGAAGGCUUUGGAAGAUAGUGAUACUCGAUCUUCAUGACUCUUGAGUUCUGAGCGGUUCGGGGAACAGAACCACAAAUCUGGUAUCAGCUUUAGAAAGAACAUUUCCCUGGCCUUUGCCUUGUGUGUGGGUUUAGCUUAGUAAAGACCUUUGGCUCGCAGAGGAGACAUUCAGUACGUGUUCUGUUAUCUAGAUUAUUGCCAGUGUGAAAUGUGCAUGUGUACAUAAACCAUGGAAAUAAAUAAAGUGCCAUGUACAACUGU